AUGGAUCGGGGACUCGACGAGUUGAUUGAGUCACUUCUGACCGAGAUCGCCUUUUCUGGAACCCGAGGGUGUUCCGUGUCGAAUUACCUGGCUGUGAUUGACUCUUUCUAUACCAACGAUCAAGGCACAGCGGGCCACUCUACCACCGAGCCUGUGAAAGAAGAGCAGCCAGUCCGUCAUGGCAAUGGCCGACCCGCCGAUUCAAGCAGCGGCACAGAGGCCCAGCUAGAUGUCCGAGAUCAAGGCUUCGGUAUUGCUGCAAAAGUCUGGCGUUGGCUGAUAGCAAGACCGGAUGUGUCUGUCGGUAUCGACCGAGAAUUCAACCAUCUUACACUUGAGGAAGUACUGGCCAUUCCGGAACAGGCCGAACCUACGCUCCCUGUCGCCAUCCCAGAGUCCUCCAAGACCCAGACGCCCUCGGCUGUAACAGGCCAGCGAAAUGCAGGUCGAGAUGUUGACAACGACAGACCUCGCCUGCACGUAUCGGAGGAGCGAUUGUGGAAGACCAUCACUGGCCACGGCCUAGAUCUAAAACGAGUGCCCCUGUUCGAAUGGAAAGCCCUUGUUGAUAUCGCAUCAGUGAAAGAGAAGGGCAUCGUGCAAGGCGAUCUCGUGCGGCUAUCCGGUCAAGACAAGAGAUCGCUCCCGACACGCACCGAUAGUCUGGCGAAGAAAGGUUACAUCAUCAAGCAGCCUAUCAUUCUCCGUGGAUGCAGGUCCAGCAAACUUUGGCUUGCCCGAUUUGCCCAGAACGCAAAAGCGGAUGCCGAUUCCGAGGGACUUAAACUUGACGAACUCGACCUUUCCAAAGAAACAUUGACGAGGGAUCUCGACCCAGUACCCUUCAGUGACAAAUGGAUUGGUAACAAGAUCGACUAUCUAGCUAUAGCACAGGCCUUCGUUGCUGUUACCAAAGCAUGGGGCCUCAUCCGGUAUUGCGAUGUACGCGUCAAGAUGGAUGUCGAGGAGCGGGUACCCCCCAUGCGAGCUCUGGCAAAAACAUCUCGGUGGCUUACCAACAUUGGAGUCGUCACCUUUGUUGCCGCCAGGUUUCCCGGCAGCUACAAACUCUUCAAGGAUUGCGUCAAGUUCCUCCGGGAGCCGACACCAGCGGAAUGGAAGGCCUUUCGUACAACGCCCAAAGCUCGCCUUCAAAUCCCUUCUCAACGCGUUGGAAAGCGGGGAGCAGCAUCUCGAGCGAGGCAUGAAGCAGCCCGACAAAAUCCAAACCGUAGAAAAGGCAAGAAGCUUAAAAAACCAUCCGAAGAAGUCACACCAUCGCUUUGGUCAUCGCAAAAGCCCUUCCCGAACACGGUCUUGGAGAUCAUCAAGAGGUCCGGCGAUGAAGGGACAUCAAACACGACAAUUACCCGACAGACUUUAGGACAUGAUUUCCGAAAAUACUCGGCAGCACUUACGGGAGCGAUCUCGAUACCCAAUUCGCAGCCUCCACAUCUCGAACGAUUCGCAGUCAACUCGCAGAUUGUCCGCGUGGGAAAGACAAGAACCUACAAGUUCGCCGUUAGCAACGGGACUACUGCUUCUGAACCUGCAAAUGAGGACAGCGUCCAAGCGCAAACCCCCCAUGCAAAAGAGGAUACAGGCGAGGCUGUUCUAAGUACUUCAGGUGGUGCUGAAGACGCCCAUAUGUUGUCGCAGCCCGCCCAUUCCAAAUUCGUACCUGGUACUUCCACCUCACUGUCUCAGAUCAGCCAAGGGGCGCCGCAGUCCAAGUUCAGAAAGUAUUCGAAGCCGUCAAACCCCAAAGCUGGCGGGAAGCGAAAGAGAGGUUUGGAUGACGUUCCACUUGAAAAUUCAAUGCGAAGCCUACCAAAACGCCAAAGACAACCUCCGAAGACAGAGUUUCCACUGGUAUCAAUACCAGCAGACGAAGAGUUCACUGAAGACCUGGCUUCUAGUGCAAGCCGCCAAGAUAUAUCUCCACUGGAGCAGCCGCAGCAGACAGCUGACGAAUCACCCCAGCCCAAGCGUCCUGGUGUAUACCGUGGACCCAACAACUUGCUCGAUCCUGUGCACAAGCGUAAAGGCAGGCCGAGAAAUUCUUACGUGCUGAUAUUUAGGUUCGACGCCCUCAAAAAUCCCUCAUUCCUAGGGGUCGGUGGAGAUAAAUCUGGGAAGGAUCAUGUAGAGACCUCGCCCGCUGGGCAAGAACCUCCAGUGGCACUCGAGGUUGCAAGUGUACUACCUUCCAUUCCAGCACCUACGGCGAGUGGAGAGGAUGCAUCAUUGUCCGCAGAAGCGAACACUACUCCUACAAACGGGACCCCAACCAAUGCGCAUGGCAAGCCGCGCCGUGGCAGAGGGGAUCCUUUCAAGUGUGACAAAUGUGGCGGCACUUGGAAGCAUAUCCAUGGUCUGGAGUACCACCUCAAUAAGUCUAGAACUAUCUGCAAUCCAAACUUCACUCCACUGCCAGCCAAGCCGCCAACCAGGCCGAAGCUAGUGCCCGAACCCGGGAAAUCCGAGUCGCGACGAAAGGCACGAGGUCACGAAGGCAUCAAUGCUCAACCACCCCGGAUUUUACCGCGCCUUCCGUCCAAACGUGUCCGUCCAGUUGAAACCCCAAACGUCACGUCACCGUCGACCCCGAAGCCGGCACAGUCUACAUUUCCUCGAAGCUCUAUCCUUCUACAAGAUGUUCAAGCCUAUGACGUUACUGAUCGCAUAUCGGAUCGCCGAGCAUCACUCAAGGCUCAGAAUAUGGCCUCCCCGGUUGCACAGAAAGGCGAUGGCCUACUGUUGGGUUCAACUGCGCCGGAUCCGUCUACUGAGAGAGCUACACAUCAUGACCAAGUUGACAAGAACGUAUUGGAAGGUUCGCAAAUGCAAUGGGCUGACAGCAAUACCGCAAUGGCGCGACCAGCAGGGGGGCUCCAACAACAAGUGAUGGAACCGGUCAUUGAACCCUUGCUUGUCUCGGGAGUUCACGUUAACUCGGUGGUCGAGGAAGCGCUGCCUGUUGUAGCCAACUUCGAAGCCUCUGGUGCCUCAGUUAACCCACUGAUUCCGGAAUCCGCGACUGGGAGCAGCCUGUCUCAAAUCAAGAGCGAUCCCGAUGCCACUGCCAGUAUUCCUCACCCUUUGCCGACGGUCGUCGAUAGUGCCGUCAUUGGACAAGACAGUCUGGCGGAACCUGUACGUCAGCGCCGCGCCUUGCCGACGUCGGGUAGCCGGACUAACCAAGAUACUGCCCCGUCGGUUCAGCCUUCUGAAUCUAGGUCACUCGCCUCGUUCGCCAGGCCAACCAGGAAGAAUGCAUCGGCGGGAAGCUUGCGCAAAAGCCGCACAUCGCAAAUCAUCGAGUAUCUGCUUGACCAAAGCAACGGCGUAUUCCCCGGAAACAGAUCCGUAUUUUUGGCCGUGCUGUCCGUCUGGAUCAAGGAAUUCACCGACGUAGGCCCACCCGAUCGGAAGAUAUGCCAGGGAGUGGUCAACCAGUUACAGAAAGACGAAGUGCUUAAGCAGCUACAUUUCGGCUUCGUGGACGAGAGCGGCUACUUCCAACAGUGUACUGUCCUUGCUCGGGUUCAAGGAGGUGAACGCGGGACUGCAGAUGCGUCGAUUCAAACUAGAAUAGAUGCCAUGAAGGAAAAGAUGAGAGAGAUGUUUCCAGCAAUCUAUGUUCCGGCAGCUUUCUCCCUCUCGGAGGAAGAGGCAAAGUUAUUCAAUGCCCUGGAGCCUGGUGACCAGCGGCAUAAUGCCUCGGCACGGCUUAGGGGGUCGGACGCUGUACAGACGAUCGAAACGUUGCAAUAUCCUAUGCCUGUUAUGGUUGACAUUCCCGUCAACGCCCACGCGUCGAAGCGGUCUGCAGAAGCAAGUGGUGAGAUACAAGACGCACAGCCAGCGAAGAGAGUGCGCGUAGAUGUUCAUGGAGUCGAGAAGCCCCAGGCUGCCAGAAGGCCACGAAAGCCGAAGGAGGCCCGUGAAUGGUGGGACAGUGGGAAGCUCGGGUUGUAUCUUUGGGAAAAGAGUCUCCAAACAGAGUCUCAAUGGGAUAAAGCAGCCCCCUGCCUUCAGGACCCCGCGACAGGUGCAUGGUCCUGGCGCCCGGAUACUGACAUUCCGUUGGAGCCCCGUCUCAAGGCCAUCCUAUCUUCAGUCAAGCGUACCAAGGAGGUCGAUGCACCCGUAAGGCCUCCGCGUCGCCCAUAUCCGAAAAACCGCAAGAGUCGCAAUACGUGGCAGGCAGCAAGGGUGUCAUCUCCAGAAGAAGAACCCAGUGGCGACGAGGAGGGCGGAGAGGAUGUUGAGGAAGAGGAGUCCAUGCAAGUUGGAGAAGAGGUCGCCGAGGAUGAAGUUAUGACUGAUCUUGACGCGAACACGACCGUGGCGGCGGCUGCGAUUGCGACUGCGAUUGCGCCUGCGACUUCGACUUCUGGAGAGCCCGCCACAAAUCAAUUCAUCGCGCCUUCGACGACGUCUGCGCACUUCGCACAUGAUGAUUUGGCGUCCGAUGACGAAGAAGAAGAAGAAGACACUGUUAUGGAGAGCUGUCUUCAGACCAAUGAGGAGAAUGACGAUGAAAGUGGCCAUCCUUCAGCAUCCGGGAUCAGGUUUGCACCAGUCCAGCCAAUCCAGGCAACGGGUCAUGGCGGCUGGCCUGGGCUUGCCAAUGCUGACUUUGAGGACACAAGCACCGGAUUCACCAUAGUAGGUUCCAUGCCAUGCACUCAAUGGUUACGAAAGGAAAACUUGCCGCAAGAUGUUGAAGACAUUAUUCGGCAUGUCAAGGGGAGGAAGUGGUUCAAGUCGUGGGCUGAUCCUCUGUAUGGCGAGUUCCUGCGUAACACCAAGGAGGUUGCAAAAUGGGAACAGUCGGUUGAAGGGACCCAAAUCCUCACGAACACUGCAAUUGCACCGCAUUACAUCUUCAUGGACUUCACAGUCGACGAGUCGAAGGCAAAUAUGAAGCCUAUCACCCCAGAGUGGCUGAGCCUGACCCAGUAUACCGCGGAGAAUUUGCCGGACGAGAUCAAGAAUAUAUCAGAAGAGGACCAUGACUAUGCCUUGUCUCCCAACAUUCCACGAAAGAACAAGGCCGAGACCCAGCCCGAGACCCAGCCCAAGGCGAAACGAGCUUACAACAGGAGGGCCCAGAUCAUCAGAACGGAGCCGAAACCCAGGAAACAGUUGACACAAGCUGUUCCUCCAAAGGACCGCCGUAGAAAUACCCAAAUUGCAAAGCCUAUCACUGGUGUCGAGUAUAAAACACGAUCUCUGACACUGAUACCGAGGCAAGCAAGAGGUCGCUUCAAUAAGCCCCGGGCACACGAGAGGCUAGGUGUCAACCAAGAGACGGAGCUCAUUGCAGCCUUUGUCGUCAUCAGGACCCUUAUCGGAGGUGUAGACAGAACUGCGGAUUUGGGCUUGAUCAUGAAGAACUUCCCAGAAAUGUCGUUGUCUGCCCUCAGGAAGUUCUGGCCAAAAGUGUGUAGAGAGCGAACGACGUAUAUUGAUGCUUUGAUUGCGAAGUUUCAGUCAUCGUACUUGGAAGCGUACGAGAAGGGCGAAAUACCCCCACUUGACUACGACAAUAUCGAGGGCUACGACUGGCGUUCAUUGAUCAUGUGGACAGCGAAACUAGAGACGCAUGAGAACGUAGACCUACCCGGGUCUCGUCAAGCGUUGCUCGAAGCUCAUGUGCUCGAUAACCCAGCCGAUGAGGUCGUCGAUUGGAGGGAGGUCUGGUUUUCUCAAACAUCUGUUUACAGCCGGAUAGAAGCAACGGCUGGCGAGACCAUAACCAUUCCACUGCUUCCACUGCCGACAAGCACGGAUGGCGAAACGACAUUGAAGCGCGCACGAUCGUGGGUCCGUUCCCUGUGCUUCACACGGCUCAGGGGUGUGAACGCACCGACCAAGAUCAUGAAGAGAUUACUCGAACUCACGGACCAGGAUUACGACUCGACAAUGGAACUGGUUGAAGUUGCCAAAGCCAAACUCAUGUCGGACAAGGUGAUCACGAGAACGAAAGGAAAAUCUGAUGGUCAGAACUUCAAGUUGAAUAGUAACUUUGCCAAGCAGCUUGAGAAAAUGUCUCGGGGCGAAAAGCUCACGCAAGCUACGGCUUUCAAAACGCAGCUGGAUCAGAGCUUCCGUAACGACCAGGAGUUCAUCUUGCCAUACGCGUCUGAUGACGGUACAAUCAUGGCGGUCAUGAAUCUCCAAGCGUGCGGCCGGAUUCGCAUUGAGGCCCCUGACAUUCCUGACAUCCCGUUCGGUUUCGAGCCCGGCAACUACGAGGGCAGGCACUUCCCAAAAAGCUACUACCACUUCAAGGUCAAACUGCUACCCAAUGAGACCUACAUGUUCGACGACGAUAUGCCGCUUCUGCAACAGGCGAACAUCAUGGCAAUCCCUACUCAAGGACCGAAUGGAGAGCUACCUAUCUGGGUCGACCUCUUUGGAAAGGUGGACAAGGCUCGGUGGGCUGAAUUUGUCGGCAUGGUGGUCUUCAUACUGGCCACCAAGGGGCCCGUGACGGCCGAGAGCGCCACAAUACUGCUCAAGCCAGUCAUUGAGGAGUUUGAGUCCAAGUUGAUCAUAGAUUGGCUCGAGAAAUUCGGCCUUCUGCGUUGCGUCGAGGAGGGCCGAGGCGUGAGCAUAGGCGAGUGGUGGUGGCUCGUGGCUGGGAAAGCUCUUUGA